AUGGAUUCGAUUGGAGAGGAGGAAGAUUAUGAAGAAUCAAUAUCUGAAAUUAUAAGCGAGCCUACUCCUCGAAAAGAAACUAAACAAUUGAACCAAACAUCAGAUUUACUCUAUACUCCUCAAUUCAAAGAUCGCAAAAUCGAAAUCAUAGCCGAAAUUCAUGGAUUAAAACAGCGUUUUCGUAUUCUUCAAGAACAAAAGGUGAAUCAAGCCCAAAAACUUGUUUCAAAUAAUGAAUUACAAUUAUUCAAAUCGCAAAUCAACUAUUCUCUACUGAAUAAGCAAUCAAUAGAUUUAAUAAAUGCGCUUGUUGAGGAAGAACGAGAUUGUAAAUCUCUUAUAGAAAAGCAAGUUACACUUGAAAGACAAAUUUCCAACGAAAUUACAAAGCGUGAAAACUUUGCAAGCGAUACAAAGAUUAUAGAAGAUACCAUAGAUUUGUCUAAUAUACCAAUUGAUCCAAUAAACAUAUCUUCAGUUCAAGUUAGUAGCCUUGAAAAUCUUCCUCUCCAAAUAUCUUUGCUUCAAGCUAAAUAUGAUAAUUUGAAGUCAGAGCUUGCUCAUAUUGAUAAAGAAUAUGAUGAGAAAAAGCCAACAUCACAAUUAUUGCAGGAAAUUUCUAAAUCUUAUAAUGCAAAAUGGCGAUUAGAAGUUCUUGGCUUAAAUUAUGUGAAUAAUGAUAUUGCUGAAAUGAAAGAGCGCAUUUCAAGUCUUGAAAAAUCAAUUUCGCAACUUGAAAAAUCUGCUUCAGAAAAAAGACAGCGUGUAGUUUCAAGCAAAGGCGAUUUCCAAGCAAAAUAUGCAACAUUGGUAGAUAAUGUUAAUAAUAACAUCAAAUAUUUUAAUGAACAGCUCAGCAUCUUAGAUUCCAAAAAGAUUUCUGUUGAAAAUGAAAUCAAUUCUUUAUCUCAAUCGAUUAAAUCUGUUUCACAAGAAAUUGAGCAUAUGAAUCAAAGCCUAAUACAGAAUUUUCAACCACAACCUGAUGAAUCGGAAAUAUCUAUUCCAGAAGUCAUUUCAGCUAAACCAGAUGAUCAAGGAGAUUCAUAUUCCAUCUUAGAAAAUAGUCUAAGAAACCAUAAGUAUCAAUUAAUCAACCAAAUCGAUGAACUCAAGAAUGGAUACUUUAAAACCAAGAGUAGUUAUAUGUCAUCAAUUGAACAUAAAAAGCGGCAGAUUUCAAAGCUAAAUGCCAAGUAUAGUCAGGUUAAAAAAGAGCUCAAAGAGUUGAAAGAAAUUCAACUCGAACAGAGUAGCAUUGAUAUCAGUAGUAUUCAAGCUAACGUUGAUCGAAACUUGAAUGGAUUAUUAGAACUUGCUUCUCUCAAUAGCCUUGCAAUUCCUGAGGAAAUUCUGAAUAACUGA